AUGUCCGGCGAGGCAAGGCAGAUGAGUAUGUUAAUGGCUGGUCACGGAACCGGCGAUGUCAUCUCUCUUUCAAAGAUCAUCUUGGCCGACCUUGUUCCACUCAAAGAGCGUGGAGUAUUCUUGGGUUUCAUAUCGCUUGUUUGGGUCUUCGCUAGUGCGAUUGGGCCUCCUAUCGGCGGCGCGUUCGCUGAGAAGAUUUCAUCGAGAUGGAUCUUUCGAAUCAAUAUCCCCGUCUGUUUUCUCGUCCUUGUCGCCGUACUCCUGAGGCUGAAAAGACCAAGCGGAAGUCUCAUGCAAAAGACACGGAAGGUCGAUCGGGCCGGAAAUGCUUUGAUCGCAGCGGCGACAUGUGCCGUUACGAUUGCGCUCACUCGCGGUGUCAACGUGCCUUGGAUGUCGGCUCAGACACUCGUGCCGCUUAGCCUGGGACUUCUUGGCAUAGUCGCGUCCUUCGUAUACGAAGCCCACUUGACAUCCGUUGAGCCAACAGUGCAUUUUCGACCUCCUCAAUAAUCGCACGUCGAUUGCUGGCUUCGUUAGGUCCUUCUUCCAUUCCAUCCUUGCCAUUGCAGUCAUUUUCUGCAUGCCUACUUUCUUCCAGGCAUGUUUCGCCGCCUCUCCUAUCCAAGCCGGAGUGGAUACCUUCGGAAUGCCCUUCAGCAUUGCCCCAGUUGCCUUUCUCGGUCGUAUGUCGACCGUAACCAUGAAGCGUUACGUGCCCCAGAACUGGAUCGGUUGGUGCCUCAUAUGCGUCGGCAUAGGCAUGCUCAGUAUUCUUCGCCCUGAUACCCCUACCGCUGAAUGGCUUGGAUUCGAAGUCCUUACCGGAUGCGGCCUUGGGAUCGUCUGGACGGCCGUCAGGUUUCCCGUUAUCGCCCCGCUGCCCGUGUCCCGAAACGCAAGCGCAAUGGCCUUUUUCAUCUUUUCGCGCACCUUUACCGAAACGUUCAGUAUCACAAUUGGCUCUGCUGUGUUGCAGAACCAGCUCAGUGUUCGCCUUCCUGCUGGGUUUCUGGCGUUGUUCCCUGGGGAUGUGGACGUGUCCUUCGCUGCAAUCCCAUUCAUUCCAACGUUGCCCGAGCCGAUACAAGCACAGGUCAAGGAGGCAUUCGCCGACAGCAUGAGUGUCGUAUGGAAGCUCAUGCUUGCUUUCUGUGUCUUCAG